UGUCAUAUACACAUGACACAUCUCUCUCUCUCUCUCUCUGGAUUAUUAAUUACAAGUGUGGAUGAGAAGAGAAAUGAGAGUGAGUUGACGAUGGAUCUCUGAAGAAUUCAAGGCGGUUGCAUUCAUUGAACCUGGACGCAUGCAAAUCCCUCCUCCAACCACUAGCUGAGCACGAUCAAAUAGGGAGGGAGGGAGACAGCUAACUCACUGCCUUUCAUUCCAUAUAUGCAUAUAUAGUCUUCUCAUUCACCACACAGAUUCAUGAUAUCCCAUUUGUUCGUGCUGAUUCGAUACAGUUGACUUCAGUUGCUUGCAGCUUAUUUAAGCGAUAAGUGAUUGAAUUCUGCAGCCACGAUGAGUGGCGGUCGCGUCGCAACCGAGACUGAUAUUGCUAGUGCAGCUUCUUCACGCCGGUACACUGAGAAUGCGCCUUAUGUGCACAAGGUGGGAGUGCCCCCCAAACAAAGCCUUUUCAAGGAGUUUACGUAUAUGUUCAAGGAGACGUUCUUCCACGAUGACCCUCUUCGUCCCUUCAAGGACCAACCGAGAUCACGGAAGUUGCUGCUCGGGAUCCAGGCUGUUUUCCCUAUUCUUGAUUGGGGACGACGGUACAAACUUCACAUGUUUAAAGGAGAUCUCAUCGCCGGACUCACCAUCGCCAGCCUCUGCAUUCCUCAGGAUAUCGGAUAUGCAAAACUUGCAAACUUGGAUCCACAGUUCGGACUAUAUAGCAGUUUUGUUCCACCACUGAUUUAUGCCAUCAUGGGGAGCUCAAGAGAUAUUGCCAUUGGGCCGGUGGCGGUGGUGUCUCUCUUGCUAGGGAGUUUGGUUCAAAAUGAGAUUGAUCCCAAGCACAAACCCGAGUAUCAGCGCCUUAUGUUUACGGCUACGUUCUUUGCUGGAGUCACUCAGUUUGUGCUCGGUUUCUUCAGGUUGGGUUUCUUGAUCGACUUCCUGUCUCACGCGGCAGUCGUCGGUUUUAUGGCCGGAGCGGCCAUCACCAUCAGCCUUCAACAGCUCAAAGGCUUGCUUGGUGUGAAGAAGUUCACCAAGAAAACCGACAUAGUUUCUGUUAUGCGUUCCGUGUGGACUAACGUGCAUCAUGGCUGGAACUGGGAGACUGUUGUAAUAGGAGUGUCAUUCUUGGCCUUUCUGCUCCUUGCCAAGUACAUUGGGAAAAAGAACAGGAAACUGUUCUGGGUUCCUGCAAUAGCUCCAUUGAUUUCAGUCAUCAUUUCAACCUUCUUUGUCUUCAUCACUCAUGCAGACAAGAAAGGCGUCCAAAUUGUGAACCAUAUUGAAAGAGGCAUCAAUCCUCCGUCUGUGCAUAAAAUCCAUUUCACCGGCAGCUAUGUGGGCAUAGGUUUCAGAAUCGGUGCCAUUGCUGGAAUGAUCGGACUUACGGAAGCUGUAGCAAUUGGAAGAACUUUUGCAGCAAUGAAGGAUUACCACUUGGAUGGCAACAAAGAAAUGGUAGCGUUAGGCACGAUGAACGUCAUCGGCUCAAUGACAUCUUGUUACGUUGCUACGGGAUCAUUUUCACGCUCUGCUGUGAACUACAUGGCCGGAUGCAACACUGCCGUCUCAAACAUUGUAAUGUCGAUCGUAGUACUCCUGACAUUGGAACUGAUUACCCCUUUGUUCAAGUACACGCCGAACACCAUUCUGGCCUCGAUCAUCAUAUCGGCUGUGGUGGGAUUAUUCGACUAUGAAGCGAUGAUUCUGAUAUGGAAGAUCGAUAAAUUCGAUUUUGUUGCCUGCAUGGGGGCCUUCUUUGGGGUGGUUUUUGCAUCGGUCGAGAUCGGCCUCCUCAUUGCGGUCGCUAUAUCAUUCGCCAAGAUUCUUCUCCAAGUUACACGGCCUCGGACAGCAGUUCUUGGUAAGAUACCGAGGACUACAGUUUAUCGGAACAUUCAGCAAUAUCCCGAGGCGACAAAGGUUCCCGGUGUGCUGAUUGUGAGAGUUGAUUCUGCUAUCUAUUUUUCCAACUCAAAUUACAUCAGGGAGAGGAUACUGAGGUUGCUGGCUGAUGAGGAGGAAGAGCAGAAAGCGAAUGAACGGCCGAGAAUACAGUAUUUGAUAGUCGAAAUGUCUCCUGUAACUGACAUAGACACUAGUGGGAUCCAUGCCUUAGAAGAUCUCUACAAGAAUCUGCAGAAGAGAGAUGUACAGCUGGUUCUAGCAAAUCCGGGGCAGAUAGUACUGGACAAGCUCCAUACAUCGGACUUCGCCAACACGGUUGGAGACGACAAGAUCUUCCUCACCGUAGCCGAUGCUGUCAUGACAUUGGCACCCAAGAUGGAGCCCUGACAUCAUUUUCCAAUCCAAAUAAUCACAGUUUCCUCGUCGUAUUAACGUUAUACUUACCAGUUGGUCUCUCAAGUAGACGACGUACCGAGUUUUGAGUGUGACAAUUCAAGGGAUUUACACUAAUUGAAUACAUCAUUGUAAAGCUAUAUACCACAUAUAAGUGUUCAAAACCUCCACAUAUAUCCUGUUUGUCUGUGUGUAUUCUCGUACGUGUUUCUUCGAUCUUUUCGUCCCUUGUCUCCUUUGUCUCUUUAUGGUUUGGUUUUCAAUGUUCCCACAAUGAUCUUGGUCGAUCACUGUUGCUAUAUUUCUGUGUAUUGAGCUUAACGGUUUUGAAUGUAUCCCUAAUUUGAUUUGUUA